AUGCACACCCGUUCAAAGUCCGCGACCAAGUGGCCCGGCGACGAGGGUCUGCCGAACGAUGAGAAAGGCGGCGAAAAGGACCGCCUGAUGCGCUCGUCGCGCGUGAGCAAGUACGCGAAUGCGAUUCCUGUGCACCGCCCUCCCGAGUCCCCGGUGCAGCGGCUCAUGAGCUAUUUGCAUAAUGACCGCGUGAUGCUCAUUGUCUACACCGUUCUCUCGAUUAUUACGCGUCUGUACCGCAUUGGAAGCAACCACAAAGUCGUGUGGGACGAGGCGCACUUUGGCAAGUUUGGCUCGUACUACAUCCGCCAUAUGUUCUACUUCGACGUGCACCCUCCCUUGGGCAAGAUCCUUGUGAGUCUCGCCGGAGCGCUGAGCGGCUUCAACGGCGAGUUUGAGUUCGAGUCGGGGCACGACUAUCCCAAGGAGGUGCCGUUCGUGCAGAUGCGUAUUAUUAUGGCGAUCUACGGUAUCUUGAUGGUGCCGGUGGCCUUCCUUACCGCGCAGUCCUUCCGCUGGAACUGGCGUGCUAAGCACCUCUUUACGCUCAUGGUCCUCCUCGACAAUGGCUGGCUGACGAUUUCGCGCUUCAUCCUCCUCGAUUCGAUGCUGCUGCUAUUUACGCUCUGUGUCGUGCUGGGCCUGGUGCGCUUUCACCGGCUCCAGGACCAGUCCUUUACCAAGCCUUGGUGGGGCUGGCUCUUUUUUACCGGUGUGUCGAUCGGGUGCGUAUCGAGCGUCAAGAUGGUCGGCCUGUUUGUCACGUCGCUCGUCGGUCUGUACACGGUGGAGGACCUGUGGAACAAGUUUGGCGACCUCAAGAUGCCCGUACGCACGUACCUGCGCCACUGGUGUGCGCGUAUUCUGGCGCUGAUUGUGGUGCCCAUCUUGAUCUAUUUGCUGAGCUUCAAGCUGCACUUUGCCAUCCUGUACAAGACGGGCCCCGGCGACGCGCAGAUGAGCUCGCUCUUCCAGGCGAAUCUAGUCGGCAGCGAGAUGGCAGAGUAUCCUCUCGAGGCCGCGUACGGCAGCCGGGCCACCUUUAAGAACAUGGGCUACGGUGGCGGUCUGCUUCACUCGCAUAUCCAGACCUACCCCGAAGGCAGCCAAGAGCAGCAGGUGACGUGUUACCACUACAAGGACACGAACAAUGAGUUUAUCAUCACGCCGCUCCUGGACGAGCCGAAGCUCCCCGGCCCGAACGACACCGACGUGCCGCCCCCUCGCAUGCUCAAGAGCGGCGACACGUUCCGCUUCCUGCACCACGAGACGGGCCAUACGCUGCGUGCGCACAACAACUUCAAGGCUCCGAUUACCAAGGACCACUACGAAGUGUCGGCCGGCGGUAGCGUGGACGACGGCUCGGCGUACGACUACUGGGUGGUCGAGGUGCUGGACGAUCUGCAGCUCGGCAAGGGCCACGAAGGCGCGCCUGUGCGCACGCUCACUUCCAGCCUGCGUUUCCGCAACAAGGAGCUCGGCUGCUACAUGCGUGCCGGCCACGUCACCCUGCCCGACUGGGGCUGGAAGCAGCUCGAGGUUGCGUGCGACCCUGCGGACAACCCCCACGACGAGUUUACCCACUGGAACGUGGAGAACCACUGGAACGAUCGCCUGGAGAAGAGCACCCAGAGCCGCUUUAAGUCGCCCUUCCUGAAGGACUUUAUCCACCUGAACGUCGCGAUGAUGAUUUCGAACAAUGCGCUGAUUCCCGACCAGGACAAGGCGGACAUGCUUGCCUCGAAGCCGCUCGAGUGGCCGUGGAUGUGGAAUGGCCUGCGCAUGAACGGAUGGGGCGCAGACCAGGACAAGUACUACCUGAUCGGCAAUCCGUUCGUGUGGUGGGGCAGCACGCUCUCGCUGCACAUUGUCGUGUUUGUCGUCGCCUGGUACGUUCUCCGCCGCCAACGCCGCAUUGUGGACAUGAGCCCCGCGGUGUGGGACGACUUUUUGUUUGGCCUCAAGGUCGGUGUUCUCGGCUGGUUGCUGCACUAUGGCCCCUUCCUGUUGAUGGGCCGUGUGACGUAUAUCCACCACUACCUGCCGACGCUCUACUUUGCGGUGAUCGUCAUGGCCCACCUGCUCGACCACUUCUUCUGGAACGACGCGACGGCGCGCUACCGCAUCGACCUGGGUCAGUUCCUGCGCACCGGCCACCUGUCUGUCGGCAAGCCUAGCGCGUGGCUGCACGAUGCGCCGAAUGCGCCGAGCCGCGGCACGCCCCUGUCGGAGCGCACGAAGAAUAUCCUCUUUGGUGUGGCGGUCGUGAUGCUCUUUGGCAUCUUUUGGUGGUUCCGUGCGAUCUCGUUCGGCAUGUCGGGCGAUAUCAGCGAAUGGCACGGCCUCAAGUGGCGCAAGAGCUGGAACAUUUACUAG